AUGCAGAGCCUUCUUUUUUCUGCUCUGGCAUUUAGCGUCGCGGCUAAUGCCUAUGCCCCAGGGGCCGCUGGCUGGGAUGCGGCUUACUCAAAAGCCGAAGCAGCUCUUCUCAAGCUAAAUCUAAAGGAAAAGGUCGGGAUUGCCACUGGUGUCGGCUGGGGCCUGGGACCCUGCGUGGGUAAUACAUAUCCCGUCAGCUCGAUUGACUAUCCCUCCCUAUGUCUACAAGACGCACCUUUGGGCGUCCGCUAUGCCAAUCCCGUCACAGCUUUUCCCGCGGGUAUCAACGCCGGAGCAACUUGGGAUCGCAGUCUUUUGUACGCGCGAGGUGCUGCAAUUGGUCAGGAAGCCAAAGGUCUGGGCGUCCACGUCCAGCUAGGACCCGUUGCUGGGCCGCUAGGAAAGAAUCCCGAUGGCGGUAGGAACUGGGAAGGGUUCUCGGUCGACCCGUAUCUUAGUGGAGUUGCCAUGGAAGAGACAAUUCAGGGCAUGCAAGACGAGGGCGCUCAGGCCUGCGCUAAGCACUGGCUUGGUAACGAGCAAGAGCACAAUCGCGAAACCAUGAGCUCUAAUAUAGGCGAUCGCGCAACGCAUGAGCUGUAUGUAUGGCCGUUCAUGAACGCAGUCAAGGCAAAUGUCGCAUCAGUCAUGUGCUCCUAUAACAAGAUGAACCAGACUUGGGCCUGUGAGAGUGAGGCUCUGAACAAUCUUAUGAAGAAUGAGCUAGGUUUCCCUGGCUACAUUAUGAGCGACUGGAACGCGCAGCACACUGGUGUUGGCAGUGCCCUGGCUGGACUUGACAUGACGAUGCCCGGUAGUGACUUCAAUAAGGCACCCGAGAGCAUAUACUGGGGACCAAAUCUCGAGAAAGCUGUUGCUGAUGGCUCUGUGCCCCAGUCGCGCGUGGAUGAUAUGGCAAAGCGUAUCCUGGCGGCCUGGUAUCUUCUCGAGCAGGAUAAGGGCUACCCUGAGGUGACUUUCAACUCUUGGAAUGGCGGCAAAGCCAAUGUCGACGUCACAGGAGAUCAUGCGACAGUCGUCCGCAACGUUGCCCGUGAUUCCAUUGUCCUGUUGAAGAAUGAAGAAAAUGCUCUGCCCCUCCAGAAACCAAAGAGCUUGGCCAUCAUUGGACAGGAUGCUAUCGUCAACCCCAAAGGUCCCAAUUCAUGCACAGACCGCGGCUGCAACGAGGGUACGCUAGCUAUGGGAUGGGGCAGUGGUACAUCUGAGUUCCCUUACCUCAUUGCUCCUCUCGAUGCAAUCCAAUCCCAGGCCAAAGCGGACGGUACGAAAAUUGUCGAGAGUACGACCGACAGCACCACGGCUGCUGCAUCCGCUGCCGCAGCAGCGGAGACUGCUGUGGUUUUCAUUAACGCAGACGCCGGCGAAGGUUACCUUACAGUUGAGGGCCACGCUGGCGACAGGAACAAUCUCGAUCCAUGGCACAAUGGAAACGAGCUCGUCAAGUCCGUCGCAGCCGUGAACAAAGAUGUCAUCGUAGUAGUGCACAGCGUGGGGCCCAUUACCCUGGAGACUAUCCUAGCGCAGCCCUCAGUGAAGGCAAUUGUCUGGGCUGGGCUACCGGGCCAAGAAAGCGGAAACGCCCUGGUUGAUAUUAUAUAUGGCAGCACCUCCCCAAGCGGCAAACUCCCCUACACGAUCGCCAAGAAGGCUGAAGACUACGGUGCUGGCUGGAACAAUGCGCUUAACGACGACUUCGUCGAAGAUUUGUUCAUUGAUUACCGCCACUUCGACAAGAAUGACAUUGCCCCGCGAUACGAGUUUGGCUAUGGCUUGUCGUAUACCACAUUCAACUACACUGAACUUGGGGUUAGUGUUUCUGCCACAGCUGGCCCAUCGAAUGGAGCCAUUGUUCCUGGCGGCCCGGCGGAACUUUUCGAGUCGGUCGGCACUGUCUCUAUCGUUGUCCAGAACACUGGCAAAGUAGCUGGCGCCGAGGUUGCUCAACUCUAUCUUGGCCUUCCAGACUCAGCGCCAAGCACUCCCCCCAAGCAGCUGCGAGGGUUCCAGAAGUUGAAUAUCCAACCAGGGAAGACGGGGACAGCUACUUUCGAGCUCACUCGGCGUGACUUGAGCUAUUGGGAUGUCCAGAGCCAGAAGUGGGUUGUGCCUACUGGUGCUUUCACUGUUCAUGUUGGAAGCUCCAGCCGGGAUAUUCGCGAGCAGGGAAAGUUUACUGUCGCUUAG